AGCAGCCGUGACAAUCUGUGGUGAUUCCUCCAUAAUUUUUUCAUCUGUGAUUGACGUUGAUUCAUACAAGUUACAAGCCUACUGAGUAUAAAAGCUAGCUCGUCAUUCUGUUGGAUUCAUUGUUGUUUUGUUUGUGGAAGAGGCAAUUGUAAAAGUUAACAUGAAAACACUGUUCGUAUUGUCAGCCUUUUUGUUGGUUUGUCAGGCGGUCUCAUUCUUCGAUUUGGUACACGAACAAUGGGGCGCCUUUAAGCUGCAACACAACAAGAAGUAUACUGGCGAGACCGAAGAACGUUUCCGAAUGAAAAUUUUUAUGGAGAACUCCCAUAAAGUAGCCAAACAUAAUAAGUUGUAUGAAAUGGGUCUGGUCACCUUCAAACUGGGCAUUAACAAAUACGCGGACAUGCUGCACCACGAGUUUGUCUCCACUGUAAAUGGUUUUAAUAAAACAAAAAAUGGUCUAAGGAGCCAAGAAUCAAAUGACGCAGUGACGUUUAUUCCGCCUGCUAAUGUUGAGUUGCCUGGUGAGGUUGAUUGGAGAGAAAAAGGAGCAGUCACACAAGUCAAAGAUCAGGGACAUUGCGGUUCAUGCUGGAGUUUUAGCGCGACUGGUAGUUUGGAGGGCCAAUAUUUCCGUAAAUCUGGCCAGCUUGUCUCAUUAAGUGAACAAAACCUGAUUGAUUGCUCAACAAAGUAUGGUAACAAUGGAUGUAAUGGGGGGCUUAUGGACAAUGCCUUUAAAUAUAUUAAGGACAAUAAAGGCAUUGACACUGAAGUGACAUAUCCUUACUUGGGUGAAGAUGAAAAGUGUCACUACAACCCCAAAGAUAAAGGAGCUACUGAUCGUGGCUAUGUAGAUAUUGAUUCAGGAGACGAGCAGAAAUUAAAAGCCGCCGUCGCUACCAUAGGGCCUAUUUCUGUGGCUAUUGAUGCAAGUCACGAGGCAUUUCAGCUGUAUUCUGAUGGGGUAUACUCAGAUCCUGAAUGUAGUUCCGAGGAAUUGGAUCACGGGGUGCUGGUUGUGGGUUAUGGCACAGACAAAAAUGGGCAAGACUACUGGCUUGUUAAGAACUCUUGGGGUCCAACUUGGGGCAAUGAGGGAUAUAUUAAAAUGGCGAGAAACAAAGACAACAUGUGUGGUAUAGCUACUCAAGCGAGUUACCCAUUAGUGUAAGUAGGUCAAAAUUUUACACUUGUGAACAAAA